CCCUCUUCCACGUCGCUAUCUCUGAGAACUCCCGCGCAGGCAAGCUCUCCAUGAUAGGCCACGUCUCAAAAUGGCCCAGUCUUUGAAUCCCGCAGCAUGCAGGAAGUGUAGUGUGAAGCAACUGCAAAUGAUCCCUUUUGGCACAUUUCAAGUUAGAUGACUUGGCGACGCAAAACACCUGGCAGGUGAUGAUACGUCUUCAGUACAGUAGCUCAGUUGGUUACUGUCUAUGCUUUCUCUAAAACACAAUGAACCUUGCUGCGGCGCUUGUUGGUUCCACAAUGCUGUUCAAAUGCAAAUUACAUCGACGGAAAAUAAGAUGGUGCCAGCAAUUCACACUUCGGCCUUCAAGCGUCUUUAACUAUUCACUUUUUUUCCUCUUUCCACAUAUAACAGCCAUUACACUCGAUAUCUGCAGAAUGAACCUGCCAUUCAAUGAGAUUGCCUCGUCGAAGCCCUAUAAAUUUAUUGUCGGGCAAGAAAAGAAAUGAUAUUUUUAUGCACGCUGGUGCUAUCACUAGCCUCUCACGAACACUGGACGUGUUAAUUCAUGGGUCAUGCAGUGGUACAGAGAAAUUGGAAGAAGCGCGCACUGGUAUCAUCCCAUUGCCGCAUGUUGACCAAGACACAUUUGUCCGCUUUUUCGAGUUUGCAUAUGCUGGGGACUACUUUUCUGCGAUUCCAACAGUGGACUCUCCUGUUUCUGAUGCCCAAGAUUUGCAUGAAGACCCCAAGAGCACUGCUGUUACAGAACCCAUACCUGACGUGGCUGAGGACGUUGUAGGCGUACAUCAUGAAGUACCACCUCAAGGUGACGAUAUUUGGGCAUUUUCAGGGCGAAGGUCUAAGAAACCGAAGAAGAACAUCAGGAACAAGAAGAAAAAGGAGCUGUUCUAGAAGAAGUUCGAGCUCCUACAGUAUGACGAUGGAGAGACCGAGGCGACUGUGGGAGCUCAUAUUAGUCUCGCACAAAACUAUGCCGAUAUCUGCCUUUCUCACGCGCGAUUUUACGUUUUGGCGGACUAUUACGGUAUCGAUGGUCUCCUGUUGCUAUCUCUGAGAAAGAUGCACAGCGCACUGGCAAGCAUGAUUCCGCGUGCUGAUGAAGCUUCCGGUUUCGCAGAAAUGGUUCAAUACAGCUUCGAUAACACUCUCGACAAGCACAAAGGUCAAGAUCAGUUGCGAUCCAUGCUUUGUUUAUACGCUGCUUGCAAAUUUGAGGAGCUGUGGAUAAGUAGCCAGUUUCAGGAUUUAUUCAAGAACGAAGGCGAAUUCUCUUGUGGGGUUAUCACGAAUUUGCUUGCGAGGCUAGAGUGAUAUUCCAAGAAGGUCUUUGCCUGGUAGAAGAAGUUUGUCGUAGGCAGGGAUGUAGUGUUC